GUCUAAUCGGUCUAAUCAUUCGUGAAUCCGCGAGUCGUUUAUGUAUAAAGUAAUAAAACAUAGUGAGCUAAUUCGUUGAGCAGACGUACACCACCAUUGUAAGCAGUUUGAAUAAGGGUUUCGACAGAACCAGAGCUGCGCUGAUAGGUUUUCCCGCGGUAGGUGUGGAUACUAAAAGCAAUGAAACAUUCUUAUGUUUGUUGUUUGAGUGAGUCCUGCUAUGAGCAUGCUGCAAGAGUUCUUGGUGAAACGACUGUAAGAAGAAACGAAGCACUCGCAGAAAUUAUUCAAUGGCUACAAAAUGAACAACCUAACCUGCGGAUACACAACGACGUUCGAUAUGUUGUGUAUUUUUUACGUACUGCCAAAUACGAUGUUGAGAAAGCUAAGCAAAAGAUUCUAAUGUAUUACAAAAUACGAUCCAGCCGUGUAGAGUGGUUCCAAAACAGGGAUCCGUUCUUAGCUGAAAUACAGGAACUACUUGAUAUUGGCGUUUUCUUACCGCUGAAACAAAAAGACAUCCACAAUCGGCAGGUGGUGAUCAUACGAACAGCAGCGCACAAUCCUAAAUAUCACACACAGGACAAUGUAUUCAAAGUGGACAAAAUGAUUCUGGAUCUUUUACUUCACUUAGAUGAAACCAUAUCAAUCUACGGAAUAGUGGCUAUCUUUGACAUGAAAAAUGUCACACUAAGUCAUGCACUGCAGCUGCCACCAUCCUUAGUAAAACGUACCGUCGAGAGCUGGGAAAACUACCCCUGCCGACCGCAGCUUUUGGAAUUCGUAAACGCUCCGAUUCACGUUAAUUUCGUAUUGAAUGUAUUUAGGAGUUUUAUGAGCACGAAAAUGAAAUCGCGCGUGAAGGUGUCGAAGCGAGGAACACACAUCGGUACACUCGUUAAUCUUCCUCCAGAAUUGGGUGGCACCGGUGAUUCUUAUCACGAUCUUACAGUGUACUGGAAGAAGCAGGUACAGGAACAGGCAUUUUGGUUCGCCGAAACAGAGCAAUAUAGAAUGCAAUCAACGUGACAAUUGUUAUGUAUAGGAAAUAAAAAUAAUUACUUAA